GCAAAGCUGAUGCAGCAGUUGGGUCAAGCCCAUCUAGGUGAGCUCUGAACAAUCCUCUAUCCUUGGCUAUCGACAGGGCCUCUGCUGCCGCUCAGGGCAAGUUAUUGAUCCUCGAACCAACGGGAACAGCGCGAGGUCUCUGACCACGCAGCCUGCCACGGCGGCGCUUCCCGGCACCGGGGACAAGGCCCGGGCUGGCGUGGUGGGGUCCGGUGAGGAGACCUCCUGGGAGGGGGUCGCAGGCCCCUCCCCCGCCCCCCGGGCAGCGCUGCCCCCGCGCCCGCCGCCGACUCGGGGCUGCCCUUGCAGGCGGCCGGUGGAGGCUGGGCCGGGGGCCCCGCGCUGCCUCGACCCAGCCGGCGGGCAGAGCACCGGCCCGGCCCCCGACGCUGAGCGAGCCGCCGCCGCCGCCGCGCCGAGGAGCGGUCGGGCCCCCGCGGCGCGGAGGAGCGGAGCGGAGCAGGGGAGCGGCGGAGCGGAGCAGGGGAGCGGCGGAGCGGAGCAGGGGAGCGAAGCGGAGCGGAGCAGGGGAGCGGCGGAGCGGAGCAGGGGAGCGAAGCGGAGCGGAGGGGCAGCGCAGAGGGGCGCGGGGCGCGAGGGAAGCCCGGCCGGGGCCGCCGGUGCUGAGGACGGGCGCUGCCGGAGCCGGGCGAGAGCGGGACGGCGCGGAGCCGGGUAUGAUGGUGACCAAAUGUCACCUCCGAUGAGGUGCUAGCGCAAAGCUAGGAGUUGCCGCUGUAAUGUUGUACUUCUGGAGUCCUCACCUAUCCAUAUGUAUGUACCUGCUUGGAUGCAAGCCAGGCUUUCCAGGACAGAACACACUGUUUUCUCACAUGGAGCCGGUGGACCACCUGUCACUUGUUGCAGCAGUGAUGAAUGUGAACCACUUUUGGGAUGAGCUUUGGUCCCGCAGCAAAGAGCAGGACGUAGCCAAGAACAAGGACUGCAUUGCCCUGCAGUCAUGAGAUGAUCCUGAUUUUUCCAGGAUACUGCAGGCAGCAAUGCUUGAGACUUGAACACAGACUUCAAUGAGAAUAAUGCUUCCCCAGACAGACAGUCCCUUUCCUAGCAGUGAGCCUGAUGUAAACCCCAAGGAAGAAACUCCCUUUGCAAAACUAAGUGGACAGCUGACUUCAGAGAGGUGGGACUACUUUGCCGGUAAUUGUAACUUCAUAGGAACUGUUGUCAGUGGAGUGUUAUGUAGAUUAUUCCAGAAAGCCAUGGCUGGGAUGUGUGAGGUUUCUCAAGACAAAUUUGCUUUUAUUUUUCAUGUUCUCCCUAAAGUCAGGGCAGCAUCAUAACAAAGGAUUUAGGCUGUACAUCACACAUGCUUCUCAAAUAGUAAAGUUAACAAAUAUCAAACAAAUAGUCAGUCUGUUAUUUUUCAUGUUGCUUGUAACAUUUUCUGGUUUUCCCAUUUACCCCCACAUCCGGAUGAUCUCAGAGUACCAUCCUCACCAGUCAUCAUUCAUUCAUUUUCUUCUAAUGUAUCACACUUCUGAAGGGCUGGUAAUUGAGCACGUGUAAUGCAAGCAUGUGUGAGUAAAUGGCAGAGAAUAAGGAAAUUAAAAAAAAAAUCAAACCCACUGCUGGUUUGCAGCUUCCUUAGAAAUCUGGGAAAUGUAUUUCUUACAUUGAAACAUGUCAAAAUGCAGGAAGAUGUGAGGGGCCUGGCUACUUUCAGUAUCUAACACAAAGUAAGAAUGAUGGCAGUGCACUGUCUUCACCUAAAUGCAGAACAAAAACCCAAUGGCAAGUAUCACUCUGUUCUGGCAUGUACACAGCAAGGUGAUGCAGUUGUCUUGUAGCUGUUUGCCUGGCUAGAGCUGUCCUACAUACAGGAACCAGCCUGAUAUCAAAAGUUAGAAUAAAAAUUGACUGGUUUUUCCUCUGUCUUUGGAGUAAAGAUUCCUUUCUGCCCUUUGGCGAGGCACUCAGAGAUGCAUGUAAAGGGAGAUAUCCCUCAGUGUGCACAAAAGCCAUGAUCCAUCCUCUGUGAUCCCCAGAGGCACAGUGCAGGACUCAGCUAAGAUGUUCCUUCCUGCCCACUCCCAGCCUGCCCAUUCCUGACCCUAUAUGAGCACAGAGAUAUUGUGCAGAGGGCAGUUUAGAUAUUUUCCCAUCUCUGAGCUCAUUGAAAUUGGGGUGAUGAGGAGAAUUUAUUCUAAACCAGGGAAAAAAAUAACCAGCAUCGUGGCCAUAAACACUGUGGUCAGAGCAAUAACUGUUCAGCUUCUUUGCCAAGGCUGGAGAGCUCCUAACAGGUCAUAUGGGGGAAUGCUACUUCAUAGUGCCUUACAAACAUUCAGGAAACAAAGGAACAAGCAUUGCAUAUCAGAGAAGCCUGUGUCUGCAUCCUAGAAAGUGAACCAGAAGGUUCACUUUAGUAUACUAAAGCUCAGAGUGCAGCAAGAGAGGAGGGUAGAGCAUUGGUAGGGAGCAACACUCAGGAAGUCAGUGGCAUGUGGAAAAUGCUCGUGGGGCUGAUGCCCUAGUGUGUCAAGAGAUCAUUCUGGUGCAGUCCUUCUACCUGGCACAAUUAUGGGGAGUUCCUUCCUCCUGUUCAUGCUCUGAAAUGGUGGAGGCUGGGGGCUCUGUUUCCCCAAGAUCAGUCAUGUCGCUGCUUGUCGCAGAUCCCACCUUGCAGGCACUUGGACACAGCUGGCAUUACAAUCUCACACCCCACUGUAUUUUUUGGUACUUAAAAUUCCACUGAUUUAAUGACACCAAAUAAUAAUGGAAGAUGAAAUGCGAGAAAGAAAUAAUUAACUGGAGAUUUUGCAUUGUGUGCAUUGGAGAUUUGCACUGUGUGUGUUUGUUUAUGGCUGAGGGAGUACGUGGAGCUAAGUGCUCCAGACUGUGCUGCCUUCAAAGAACUUAUGGUAACAUACUGUAGAGUCUGUUUUUGCAAUGUAGUAUUUGCCAACAUUAUUGCUCCUAAAUCUCAGCCUGUCUCUUAUAAGUAAUAUUUAGUUAUAACAGCAUUUGUAACUUGGUAGUUAGCAAUGGGUUAAUUGCUAAUACAUGUUGGCUGUGUAUAAAUAAAGGUAAGAAAGGAAAAAACCAAUACUUUCUUGAAAGCUGAGCAAAAUAGAAGGUGGGGAGAAGGCAGCAAAAGUGUUAAACUUUGCCAAUAUUUGCGUGACAAUUACUAUAGUUGCUUAUUUAAAAUGAGAAAUGUUUUCUCUACAGUUUCUCACAUAGAGUGCUGUUCUCUGUGUCAAAGAAAGAAAAUGCCUGAUUUCCUUGGAAAUAGUCACAAUAACUGUAUCAUUAGAGAUUUAGCUGUGCUGCAUGAGCCAUGCCGGAGUGAACACUCGCGGUGUCAGUUCACUUCUUUAGAAACAUGAACUCUUCUGUGCCAGCUCCCCUCACAGGCAGUGAAGAGAGAUGCUCAGCCCUAAAGGGCCCAGCUGCUGCUGGGGCUGACCAGAAAUUCAGGUGCAAACAGAAUUUACAGACUGUACCUCUCACCUUUUCAGUGCACUGUGGCAUUGCCUGGUUUUCUGCCAGAAGCUGCAUCUGGAUGUGAUUAUGAUCUCUGGAUAGGCAGAUUCCUAGAGCUAAUUCUAAAUGUGUUUCAUGAUGUUUGAAAAGGGCUUUUGUCUCCAAGUUGGACACCACAGCUACCCUAUUCUCCAUGCUUGAGUCAGUUGUCCCAAAUCUACAAGAACUUAUUCAAAACCUGCUCCCUUUUUUGAGUUCUGCUCUGAAAUAUGCCUUUAGAGGGGUGCCUCCUGGCUGGAGUGCCACCUCCUGUCCCAAGGGGUGCCUCCUAGCCACCUGCUGUUAGCUCACACUGGGAGCAGCUUCACUGCUGGUCAUGCUUUCAGCAUGACAGAAUAGACCUGGUCUAUUUAGGUAAGAAAGCGGAUUCUACGUGUAAAAAGUGAGAAUCAGUUACAAAAUGAAUUUUCAGUAGUUUGCUGAACUUUAACUCUGUUCUCAGCCAUCCCUUUGCAGUUCCCCAGCUUCAAGGAAAGAGAAUGAAUCUCCUAAUUCCUCUAAAUUUGGUGUGAACUUAAAGGAAAUGUGCAACAUAUUAAGGAACAUUUUAUCUUGUUCUUCAUUUUUUUACUGUUCUAUUUAGUGAAAGAGUAAGUUUCUGUAUUUUCAUUUCAACAUACCUAUUUUGUACACACUAUUUACCCCCCUCCAGCCCAGUUCAGAGUGCACCAAAGCCUUCUCCUUGCAGCUCAGCAUCCUCAGAAAGUGUAUCAGCUGCACCAUGAAAUUGCAGUCUGUGGGAGUUACCCCACUCUCCACUAAUGGCUGUACUCCAGAAAGGACAGAAAUGUGUCAGGACUUUGUUUACCCUUGGGAUUGAGCAUCUCUGGCAAUCUGAGCAGUCUCUGCAGCUCCAUGCCUGGAUCCUACACGAUGGCACUCGGUCCUAUGGAGCUCCUGGUGCCACCCAACCUCCUCCUGCCUGCCGGUGUUCCUGCCUUGGCACACCUGGAACUCAGUUUUUCCUCCUAGGGACCCUACCCUGCCACCUUGCCCUUGCUCUGUGAGUUUAACUGCAGAGCUGGGACGCAAAGCACCUUUUCUUAAGAAGUACCUAGUUUUAAGUGAGGACCCUGAACAGUGAAGCAGUCCCAAUGCUAUCGCCAACAGCUAAAGUGUGUUUUCUUUUCACAUUGCACAUGAUCUUGCUUCACCUUCCAGUCCUUGAGCUGAGCUUUCUGCUAAGUUAAAUAGCACUGCAGUGUCUGAAAUUGUCUCUCCAUUUAAAUGCUCUUUCCUUCUUUCUGAUUAGUGAAAAAGAAUCUCUCCAGGUUACCAAGACAUUAUUACACAUCUCCUUACCUCCUGGACUUUCACAGGAACUACUGAGUGUGUGGACACAGGGAUCAAAAGGUCCCUUCCCAUGCAACCUUCAGUACUGUUGGAGGUAUAUAAAUGAGAGCCACAGUCAGCCCAGAUCAAAUUUGGGAUGCAGGAGGGAGGCAGCUGCAGAGGGCAGUCCUGGUUUCUGUGGCCUUGCAGUCAGGACGUGGUGUUCUGUCCCUGCUGGUUACAGAAGAGGCUCUGGUGACUGGGCUGCUUGCUGUGGUUUUAUCAUCACGUUUCUUCACCCCAGGGUCACUCUGUGCCUUGGUUUCUCAUCAUUGGCACUGCACGGCUCUGUACUUGCCCCAUCCUCCCCCAGCUGCCACACCUGCAUGCUACUCAGUGCAGUAGUGUGGACAAUCCACAGGGACAGUAGUGUGGAUAAACUACUGGGGACACUAGCAUGGAUAAACCAAGGACAGGUGUACCCUCCUUUACUCUAUGCUGUUCCUGGCUGCUCUUGCAAGCAUCUUGCCUCACCUGCAAGCAUCUAAGACAAUGCUGGUUUGCUCCAGCUAGGCAUUGUACGUCACACGUGCUGUGCUGUGAAAACCUCACUCUGGUUGGCUGUGACAUCAAUUUAUUUCAGAAGCUUUGAAGUGAAAAAAAUACGCACAGUCCAUGGCCAAGAGCACCAGGUGAAGCCCAAGAAAAGAUGAACCAAGGACAGCGCUGAUGCAGCCAAGGCAUCUGAGAGGAUUCCCAUCCUGUGAAGUGUGGGUGACAAACCUGCUAUGCCCUGCCUGGCAGGGCCAGAGGGUGGCGCGGGCUGAUCCACACUGUGCACACAACUGCCUGCAGGCAGCAGGAGCACUGACCCAGGCUGCGAGUUGCACACACUGGAGGCAAUAAUGCUGUCUUAUCUAGGGGUGAUAACAUCACUAGUAUUAAGGAAACUUCCCUGUCUGACCUUCCAGGAGCCCCUCUGGCACUCACUCUCGCACCACCUGAGCUGGGACAGAAGCCCCUUCGCAGCUGCUCCCCCCACACUCAUACAGUCAGACCUGGUUUUCUCACCAGCUCCGCCCCACGUUUCCCAUUGCUGAGUCUCAGACUCCUAAAAGUAAUUUGAUCAUGGUGCAAUACCAAAAUAACAGCUUGAGCCGGUGCCUCUGAGGAGGGACCCAGAACAAAGGAACCCCUGGGCUUUUAUCCCCUCACAGUCCAAGCACAGGAAAGUCUGGGGGUUGUCGGCUCCUGCUGUGUCUCUGAGUGUCGUGUCCCCUGGCUGAGACACAGCUCCCGGGGCCCUCUGUUGUCCAAAGGGUCGACAGUUCAUGGCCUCUUGCCUCGGGCUCAGGCUGCUGUCCCACAGAGCUCAACCUGCAGCUCCGCUGCAGCUGCACCCUGAGCUACUGGCACUGAAUGUUUUCCUCAACAACCAGGUUCUGCCCAGUGCUCCUCAUGCUCCAGAGACCACAUGCGCUCUGCCCAGGCAGCACGUCCAGUCACUACUCCUGGGCUCUGGGGUUUCAGGAUGUGUGUGCCUGUGCAUUUGUGUUCUGCUUUUAUUAAUAGGCAGUUAUGUGCACGGCCUUAUACUUGACUUAAUUUAAUGACUGCUUAACAUCUAGUGUUAUUUUUUUCAGUGUCUGUAGUUUAUGCAAAUGUUUUUCUUUUUCUUUUUUUAUGGGAAAAUCAUUUACCUCUGUUCAGCAUUUUUUUUUGUUGAGUAAAAGGUAACUUAAUUGAAAUGCUAAAUUACUGGGAGUAUGUUCAUUUUAUCUAGAUGGUAACUUUUCCUGAGUACAGGAUAAAUACCUGACUUGGAGCAUUUUUGUAAAAAAUUUGUUCUGAGACAUCACUUAAUUAAUUCAGUAACUCAAUAUAUGUUAACACAUCAUUUGGUUUCAGUAAGACUUUCUCCCAGUGUAGGAGUGUCCUGUUUACUGGCAUGUUGAAGAUUAAUAAUUCCUUUGAACUCUAGACUAGUUCAUUUCACUGAAAAUGCCACGUUUCACAUCAACUUAUUUUUUCCCAUGGUGAUUGAGAGCUGUUGGAAGCAGUAGGACUACUAAUAAGCUUGUUCAUGUACAGGUGGGUGGGUGAGGUGCACUUCACUUUAGUUCAUGUUGCUGGAAUUAUUCUAAGACUGAUAAUCACAUUAUAUGUGAAAGGCUCGAUAUCACUUUUCUCAAUAACUGAAAUCAAGAUUGGCCUUGGCUUUAGUUUUUAAGAAAUACAGUCAUUGUCUUUAAUAUUGCUAAUCAGUCUGUCUGGUGGUUUUGGUUUAGCUUUUCUUCUGCGUGGGAUGUGCAGUCAGCCCAAUGUUCAGAUUCCCAAUCAAGUGACUGUCCAUUCUCUGUUGGAUGCAUGAAUCUGUACCAGUGAUGACUGAGAGAGGCAUUUCUCCUCGAUGACUAGGAGAGGGCUGGCCUGAUGAUUAUUUCCUUGGAGAAGUUCAGUGUCUCUCUUUGCAGCCCUCCUCGCACACUGCAAAGCCGUUCGUGACCCACAUUAAGGAUGUCUUUCAAGAAGGGUUGGGCUGGCAUAAUGUAAGUAACAUUCUGGUACUCAUGGUUGGAAGUGAGUGAAAGGCCUGAGGGAAAUCUAUCUUAGGAUGUUUUCUUCAGGUUUGUGAAGACUUCACGUUACACUAAGUGAAUCCAAGGAAAAGUAUGGAAAGCCUGUAGAUUGCAUACUGUGCUAUAAUGUGUGCCAACACAUUGAGUUCUGGUACCUUACAUCUGACUUCAGCAUUCGAAGACUAAAUGUUGAGAGAAAACCUGAAUGGUCUGGAGAAAUAAAUGAAACCAAAGAUCCGUACUUUUCAAAAAGAAGUCUUGAUUCACAAAUCUGGCAGAAAUUGUGUUUACAGAAAGAAUCCAGACAGUAUUGUUUUAUAUCUUAGGUACUCUACUAAUAAAGUGUCCCUUGUAAAUACCAAAAACAUGACAGUCAGCUAUUAGAGAGAAAGGGGAAAUACUGUUGAGGGCAGCUUUAUCCCAAGCAAAGGGGCAUUAACUACAUGCCCAGAUGUUUCUUUUCUGUCUCUCAUCCUUCAGUAUCGAUUUAUGCAGCUUUGCAGAUGGUUAGUUCAGAAAAAAAGACAAAGAAUGAUUCAGUCGUCUUCAAGAUGAAAAUGAAACCCACCUAAGUUCUUGUCACUUAAUAGUACUGCUUGCAUUGUUGUACACCAGAUUGAUAUCUGGAUGAUUAUGUUAACAUUUUGCUUUAACAAUGAUGUCAUUGAUGUGAUGUGAUGGAAGAUCUUGUUUUGGAGAGUACCUCAUCUACUGUGUCAGCUGAAGUUUUCAACACGUUAAUAUUUCUUCCAUGUUGGACUGAAGUAUGAAAAGUUCUAUUUCAUCAAAAAAAGUGAGCGUCUUUCUUCACUGUCCUAGAAAGAUUACACUGGAAGGUGAAACCAGAGCAGAGGAUGACUCAGUACAACCAUUCAGCAGAGUUCUCUCUCCAGAGCUCAGCAAAUAAGUCAUUAAAUUUCACUGAAACACCACUGGCUUGGGAUGAAAGGACACUCUUAGGGCUGAAGAUUUCACUGUCAAUCCUUCUGUCUGUUAUAACUUUGGCAACAAUCCUUGCAAACGUUUUUGUUAUUAUUACAAUUUUUCUGACUAGAAAGCUCCACACACCUGCAAAUUACCUCAUUGGCUCCUUGGCAGUGACUGAUCUUUUAGUGUCUGUCCUUGUAAUGCCCAUCAGUAUUGCUUACACUGUCACCCAUACAUGGACCUUUGGCCAAGUGCUGUGUGAUAUCUGGUUGUCAUCAGACAUCACAUGCUGCACAGCCUCCAUCCUGCACCUCUGUGUUAUUGCCCUGGACAGAUACUGGGCUAUCACAGACGCUUUGGAAUACACCAAACGCCGGACUGCUGGCCGAGCAGCCCUCAUGAUUGCAGUGGUCUGGAUGAUAUCUAUUAGUAUUUCUGUGCCACCAUUUUUCUGGAGGCAAGUGAAAGCUCAUGAAGAAAUUGCAAAGUGUACUGUGAACACAGAUCAAAUUACCUACACAAUCUAUUCCACUUGUGGAGCUUUCUACAUCCCAACUGUGCUCCUUCUGAUAUUAUAUGGUAGAAUUUAUGUAGCAGCUCGAUCCAGAAUUCUGAAGCCACCCUCAUUAUGUGGGAAACGUUUUACUACUGCACACCUGAUCGCCGGCUCUGCAGGGUCUUCUCUCUGCUCCAUUAAUGCUAGCCUCCAUGAAGGACAUUCCCUUUCAGGUGGAUCCCCAAUAUUUAUCAAUCAUGUUAAAAUAAAAGUUGCAGAUAGUGUCCUGGAAAGGAAAAGAAUUUCUGCUGCAAGAGAAAGGAAAGCCACCAAGACUUUAGGCAUUAUUUUAGGAGCUUUCAUUUUCUGCUGGCUGCCUUUUUUUGUCAUGUCCCUAGUCCUACCCAUUUGCCAAGAUGCCUGUUGGUUUCAUCCCAUCCUACUGGACUUUUUUACCUGGCUGGGUUACCUAAAUUCAUUGAUCAAUCCAGUCAUUUAUACAGCUUUUAAUGAAGAAUUUAAACAGGCUUUCCAAAAACUAAUACUUUUCAAAAAGCGUUCAUCUUGAGACUCUCCUCUUGUGUUACUGACCCUUGUGCAAUCUCAUAGCCUACCUUAAACUUUCCAUGCUUUUAUUCCUAAGGAACAGAGUGGUAAUUGCCAACUCUGCUGCAACCCUGUUCUGUGCAUGUAACUGGGGACUUCUUGCCAAUUUGAUACUUUCUGUCUGGAAUUCUGCAUUCCAUAACAGAACUUGUCUGUGGUCUCUGCAGUGAUCGUGUGUGUAUAUAAGAUCAACAACACGUGAAAUAAGCUUUGUAACGAGGGAAGGUGUGCAAAUCAGGGAGCUGGGCUUGUGUGAGGAGGUGACACAUUAUCCAAUUUUACCAUGCUUUGUAACCUGGUGGGAGGAAAUUGUGUAUGUGUUGGCAGGAUGUCAGUAUUUCUGCUGUAUAUUAUUAAUCAUUUAUGUAGGCUGAGAAAGUUUCUGGAGAGCAGGAUCUGAUAUCUACAUUUUCUAUGGCCUGUAUCAUAUCCACGUGAAGCUGAUAAGACCUGUAACUUUUUCAGAAGUUGUGUGACACAGCCUGGCUAUGACGAGCAGCAGGGCAGAGGGGCAUGUAAGUUAUAUGAAUAUUUCACAACUGUUGCAUUUGAAGCUAUGUUUUUGGUGAACUGCAGAAAGAAGACAAUUUAUUGGAAGCAAUUUUUACACAUUUUAUCAUGAAUAGAAUAGCCAGUGCAGAAAUACUGCAAAAUAAAUAGCAUGAAAAUUA